CGCACACUUUAGGGGUGUCGCCAAAACAGUACUAUAGCUAAACAAAGUAAAAGCAUCUAUCAAUAGCUUUAGAUACUAAAGAGAGACACUCAAUAUAACAUAAUUGUAAUGGCUACUGCAAGCUCUCUCGAGUCUCUUUGUUUUGAUCACAUUAUGUGGACACUCGACAGCUACAAAACAGAAGAUCUGUGUUUGUUACCAAAAGCCUAUCGAACCAAGUUUCUACUGAGACUACCAAUUAUAGAUGUUUGUCAAUUGGAAAGUUCUCCUCAAUUUAUAGCCGAUAUCGAUAUGGAAUCAAUUUGGGAGCAACUAAACGAAGAGCAUUUUGUUAUUAGAACACGUGUGGAAAAUUGGAAGCAUUCACUUUUCGAUAGAUUUGCAAAGAAUAUUCUAAACUGUAGUCGGCCACACGGCUAUUUUAUGACUUUGAAUCGCUUCAGAGCGUACAGUCCGUGGGAGGGUGGGGCUAUAUCCACUGAUGGUCCGAUUGAUAAACAUCCGGUGGACAUUAUCAACUACUUGGUUGCGAUUAAACGCGAAGAUCAAAACGAAAAAUCACCAACUGUCGAAGACGGCACCACUAGAUCUGAGGCACUAUCUUGUCAUCAGAUGACACUAAUGAGAGGGGUGGUCCCCCCCGGAGAAGUGUACCACAGAGCUUGUGAAGCCACGCAAAGGAUCCCUCCACGCUACGUGAAAUUCUUCGCUCAAAAUAGCCGAUUUUUGCCCGAUUUGACGGCCAUAGAAUUGAUUAACAAAACCGGUUUUUGUCUCAAAUCGAUGGAUAUUACAUUUUCGACUUUUGGCACCUUUCUUCAUAAUGCUCGUGAUCAGGGUGGUAAUUAUCUCGGGGCUUUGACAGAGAUGUUGAAGAACGUGGAGUCCAUAACAUUUAGCAAUUACUCGAAGCAGUUGUAUAUUUUUAGUAGUGAAAACAUUGAAGAAACCUCACAACUGUUAAUAGAACUAGCGCUGUUAAGGUCCAGGCCUAAACUAACAUCCCUAACCAUCCAAACUGAAGAAGCAGAAAAAGUGAUCGAUUGCGUAACUAUGCUACUUACGACAUCAUGCAACAACCUACAGACGUUUAAAUUCAUAUCAGACCCUACAUUAUCUCAAGACCACCUCGGAAAAUUAAACGCCAUUUUCGAAUACCAAUCUUCAUUAAAAUCAAUCUCCAUACAUCACUCUGAUUAUAAUACGGACUACAGAAUUGAAACACCUGUAUCUGUUGUUAAGACGUGGUUGCAGAUAUCGGUUAAAAAUCAAAAUCUGCAGCAUCUUGAUAUUUACAUUAGUUUCGUUUGCACUGAGACAUUUUUGAGCAUAUUGUACGCAUUUCUUUCCACUCCAUCUUCGCAAGAACAAACUCUUACAUUACGAAUUAUACUCAUUUCAAGAGAUGCGAGUGAUAAAGAAUACACGCUCGCGAGACCACGGCCACCUGGUCAGCACCAGUCGUCAAUUUCUCAAUCAGGUGAUAGAACACCUUCUGAUAAGCUCAGAGCACAACUGGAAGAAAUCGACGAGAGCAUCCUACAACGCAAAUCUCUCGAGUUCAGUCGCCACGUUUCAUUUAAAGGUGAUUUUAAACCAAUCAAACUUGGACAAUUAAUAGCUACUCGAAUACAGCCGCAAUAUAUCUCUAAACUGUUAAAAUACUUUGAAAUGACGCGACUACGGCUUAAUUGCAUAAACUUGCAUAAAUUUAAACUUGAGGAUUAUCGGAAAUUGCUCGAAAGACCGUCGCUAAUGACGAUAACGUUUAAUUGUUGUAAACACAGUGAUUUCUCACUAAUGUGGCAAGCGGCUACUCUACAAGGUUUCAGCAUCGAGGAACGUAAGACGACAGGAACAGAAUACAUUCUCUCAAGAAUAGCUAUAUAAACUCUUAUUAUUGACAUGAUCGAUACUACUGUUUUAAGUUACAUGCAAUUGUUCAAAAUUAUUACAGAAUUAUUACAGAAUUUUAAAAUUA